CUUCGCCGUGCGGGGCGGUUCCGGCGGGGUGGUUCCGUUCUGUGCCGCGUUGGCCGCUGCUCGUACAGCUCGUACAGCCGGGGCGGUUCGGGGGCGGUGGGUCGGGCCGUGGUGCCGCCGGUGUCGCUGUGUGCCGGAGCGGGGCGCUCCUCCCGCCGCGGGGCCGCCACGACGACUGUCCUGACCGAGCAGCGCCGGGCAGCGCGGCACAGAUAGCCGUGUCUUGCAGAAGGCGUCUCCCGAUGUGGUGCCAGGCUGCCCUGAACCCUCUGCUCCGCGCCCCCAGCGGCUGCCUCAUGUUUCCACCUCGAGCCGUCGCAGCCGCUUCCCGCUUCUAUCUCCCUCGCCAUUCUCGGAGUCUGAGGAAUGAAUCCAUCCGCUGUUGGAGCAACAUCCCAUUUAUCACUGUGCCCCUCAGCCGCACGCACGGCAAAUCGUUUGCGCACCGCAGUGAGCUGAAGCAUGCCAAGCGCAUCGUGGUGAAGCUGGGCAGUGCUGUUGUGACCAGGGGCGAUGAGUGCGGCUUGGCCCUCGGGAGGCUGGCAUCCAUUGUGGAGCAGGUGUCUGUGCUGCAAAACCAGGGCCGGGAGAUGAUGAUUGUCACCAGCGGUGCUGUAGCGUUUGGGAAGCAGCGGCUGCGCCAUGAGAUCCUGCUUUCCCAGAGUGUGAGGCAGGCGCUCCAUUCAGGCCAGAGUCAGCUGAAGGAUAUGGCUAUUCCCGUCUUGGAGGCCCGAGCCUGUGCAGCCGCUGGCCAGAGCGGCCUGAUGGCUCUGUACGAAGCCAUGUUCACGCAGUACAGCAUCUGUGCAGCUCAGAUUUUAGUCACCAAUCUGGAUUUCCAUGACGAACAGAAGCGUCGGAACUUAAAUGGAACGCUACAUGAGCUUUUAAGAAUGAACAUUGUCCCUAUAAUUAACACUAAUGACGCUGUUGUUCCACCUCCAGAACCGAACAGUGAUCUGCAGGGGGUAAAUGUGAUUAGCGUGAAGGAUAAUGACAGUUUGGCGGCACGUCUGGCUGUUGAGAUGAAGACUGAUCUCCUUAUUGUUCUCUCGGACGUGGAAGGACUCUUUGACAGCCCUCCAGGAUCUGACGACGCGAAGCUCAUUGACAUAUUCUACCCAGGAGACCAACAAUCUGUGACAUUUGGAACCAAAUCUCGAGUGGGAAUGGGAGGCAUGGAAGCCAAGGUGAAAGCAGCUUUGUGGGCCCUCCAAGGAGGCACUUCUGUAGUGAUCGCCAACGGAACCCACCCAAAGAUCUCUGGUCAUGUCAUCACCGAUAUUGUGGAAGGGAAGAAAGUUGGGACGUUCUUCUCGGAGGUGAAGCCUGCAGGCCCCACAGUGGAGCAGCAAGGUGAAAUGGCUCGAGCUGGUGGCCGGACCCUGGCAGCUCUGCAGCCUGAGCAGAGGGCAGAGAUCAUUUAUCGUCUCGCUGACUUACUGACCGAUCAAAGAGAAGAAAUCCUCUUGGCAAACAAGAAGGACUUGGAAGAAGCAGAAAAUAAAGGGAGGCUGGCACUUCCUCUGUUGAAACGGCUCAGCCUGUCUGCAGCAAAGCUGAACAGCCUGGCCAUCGGGCUGCGCCAGAUUGCAGCAUCCUCCCAGGACAGCGUCGGCCGCAUCAUCCGCAGAACGCGAAUAGCAAAAGACCUGGAGCUGGAGCAGGUGACGGUGCCCAUUGGGGUCCUGCUCGUCAUCUUUGAGUCCCGUCCCGACUGUCUCCCCCAGGUUUCUGCUUUGGCCAUCGCCAGUGGAAAUGGUUUGCUGCUUAAAGGAGGAAAAGAGGCAACUUAUAGCAAUCAAAUCCUGCAUCACCUGACUCAGGAAGCGCUUUCAAUUCACGGAGUCAAGGAUGCAGUGCAACUGGUUAAUACCAGAGAGGAAGUGGAAGAUCUGUGCCGCUUGGAUAAGCUGAUAGAUCUUAUCAUCCCGCGUGGUUCAUCCCAGCUGGUCAGGGACAUACAGAAGGCUGCAAAGGGAAUCCCUGUGAUGGGGCACAGUGAAGGAAUCUGCCACGUGUAUGUGGACGUGGAUGCCAGCGUUGAAAAGGUCACGCGAAUAAUUAGAGACUCGAAGUGUGAAUAUCCUGCUGCCUGCAAUGCUCUGGAAACACUCUUAAUUCACCGAGACUUGCUGAGGACGCCGCUGUUUGAUCAGAUCAUAGACAUGCUGAGAGUGGAACAGGUGAAGAUUCACGCCGGCCCCAAGUUUGCCUCCUACUUGACCUUCAGCCCCUCGGAAGUGAAAUCUCUCCGCACUGAAUAUGGGGACCUGGCAUGCUGCAUUGAGGUGGUGGACGGUGUGCGAGAGGCUGUUGAACAUAUCCACAAGUACGGCAGUUCUCACACCGAUGUUAUCAUCACAGAAAACGAGGAAACUGCCGAGUUCUUCCUGCAGCACGUGGACAGCGCGUGUGUCUUCUGGAACACCAGCACGCGCUUCUCUGAUGGGUAUCGCUUCGGACUCGGUGCCGAGGUUGGGAUCAGCACUUCUCGUAUCCAUGCACGCGGACCGGUAGGAAUCGAAGGACUGCUGACUACAAAGUGGCUGCUGAGAGGAGACAACCACAUCGUUUCUGACUUCUCGGAGCACGGCAGCAUGAAGUUCCUUCAUGAGAGCCUCCCCAUCCCGCGCAGAAAUAGCAGCUGAGUGUGGAGCAGCGUGCCAUGCAGGGGAUGAGACUCACUGCGCUCCAUGAGGAUGGAGCACUGUCCUUCCCCUGUGGGAUGGUUGUCCUCACACCCCUUGUCCUUCCCCUGUGGGAUGGCUAUCCUCAGACCCCGUGCCGUUCACACAACGCAGCACGCUCCUAUCUGGUGCGCUCUGUUUCUUGCUGCCCCUUGCUGCUUCCUUUGCCAGUUGGUGCAAAUGGGCCUGGCAUUCCCUGGAUCGGGUCCCCUGAAACAUACACGUGCAGGCAGUGAAAGCUUUGAGGUCUGCUGCGUGCUUUCCUGCUGCCUGGUUUCCAGCCCGUUUCUCACCCUGGUAGAGAGGCACAGUGCUGCAGCGUCCCUUUUGUCCCCAGGCCUUUGUUCAGUUGAGCAGAGGUGGUGGCCUCCAUUUGGCAGUGCUCAUGGCAGCCCUUGCAAGCUUUGCAGUGGUGCUGCAGGUUUCCUUAGCGUGCAGUGGCGCGGUGCCUGCCGGGCGGUUGGGACAUUCCUCUCAUUGACAUUUUGAGCCACCAAUCUGCCCUUUCCAGCCGUGUCGUACCAUUGGCAGUUGUGGGUGAAGAGCAGAACGGUGUGCAGGGCGUCUUGUUACCUCUUUGUAGCAGCUGUUCAUUUCUCAUUGGUUUUGUAUGGGAGGAUCCCGCGAACCCCAGCACCCAAACCAAAUGCAGCGCUGCAGUGUAGGAAAAAAUGCACCUUUGAAUAAAAGCUUCUUUUCUGUACUAGAACAA